CUGCAGCGUGUGCAGGGCGGGUGCAGGCGGCGCAGGACAGCGUGCGAGCUGUGCGGGCAGAGCACGGGCGGCACGGGCCGUAGGGGCAGCGCGCGGGCAGCGCCAGCAGCGUGUGGGCAGUGCGCAAGCAGGGCGCGCGCAGGGAGAGGGAGGAGAAGGGGGGGGGGCGGCGUAGGGGCUGCGCCUGCGGCUGCAGAUGCGCGUGCAGAGGGGAGCAGCCGUGCGCACUGCAGUCGCCACGCACCACAGCAGGGCGCACGGGGCGCGCAGGGCAGCAGGGCGCGCGGGGCGCGCAGGGCAGCAGGGAGCGCGGGGCGCGCAGGGCAGCAGGGCACGCGGGACGCGUAUGGCAGCAGGGCGCGCGGGGCGCGCAGGGCAGCAGGGCGCGCGGGGCGCGCAGGGCAGCAGGGCGCGUGGGGCGCGCAGGGCAGCAGGGCGCGCGGGGCGCGCAGGUCAGCAGGGCGCGCGGGGCGUGCAGGGCAUCAGGGCGCGCGGGGGCAGCAGGCGACGCGGGCUGCAGGGCGCGCGGGCAGCAGACGACGCGGGCUGCAGGGCGCACGGGGCGCGGGACAGCAGGGCGCUCAAGGCGCGUGA